UGUUACAAUGGCGUUCAACAAAUUAUGUGAUAUAACUGAUUUAAAAGGUGUCUGGCUAGGAACUGAGGACAAAAAGUUGUAUGAACUCCAAACAACUACAAAUGGAGAAGUUGGGUACACGACAGCUAAAGCAGUUUGUGUGCAUCCCUCCAAAGCUGCGCUUUUAAGAAAAAAGGUUCACAGCACCUCGUGUUUAAAUAAAGUGGCGCUCAACACUUCAACAUCAUCAGCUGAAUCUGUCGAGCAAUCACAUUCUCCACCUGUUGAUGAAUAUAAAGCUCCUCUUCAAAGAAAAAGAAAUGCGAAGUGUUCAACAAAAGCAGCAGUGACAAUGGUAACAACAGCCCAUGUAAGCACCAAAAAUGCCGCUAAAAUAUGCAAUGAAUUGUCCAAAGAAGGAAUAAAUAUAGCAACACCAACUCAAGCAGGUAUUCACAAAGCGAUGAUUAAAGCAGCGCUGAACUUGGAAAAAAAUUAUAAGAAUUCCUUAAGAGAUGACAUUUGGUGCAUUCAUUUCGACGGCAAGAAAUUUGGGAAGAAAGAAGUGCAGGCCGUGGUGUUAACAAAUGAAGCUAAGGAAGUAAGAAUAGCGGCAAUGGUUCUUGAAAACGGGAAAAGUUUGUCAAUUUUUGAAGGAAUAAGGAAUGUAUUGGAUAAAUUUAACCUUUGGAAUUCCAUUAAAAUGAUUGUUAGUGACACAACAAACAUUAAUACAGGGGUUAAAAGUGGAGUUGUUCGUUUACUGCAGAAUUGUUUUCAGGAAAAACAUUUGUCCCCACCGCAGUAUAUUGGAUGCCAACAUCAUGUAUUAGAUUUAAUUUUGAAGCAUGUGAUGAAUGAAGUACUAGGUGGAAAGUCGACAUCGCCAAACAUCAGUUAUGACAUAUUUACCGAAUUGAUUAUGAACUACGAAAACCUAAAACAAAACUACAAACAAAACGAAGAAAAGUUGAUCUUAAGAUCUAUUAAAUGGCGUGAUGACAUGCAAUUUUUAUAUGAACUAGGGCAAUAUUUUAAAUAUUAUGAAGUAAACGACAAGUUCCCAUACAUAAAAUUUAGAGUUUUACCAGCGCUCAGCAACGCUCGAUGGAAUUCUAGAGCUAUAUUAGCGAUUUUAACGUUCAUACUAAUACCGGAACACAGAAUACAACUUUUGCCAAUUUGCCAAUUCAUAUGCAGCGCAUGGUAUGAUGCUUGGUUCUCGGAUCACCGUUUUCAUAACAAUGAUUUUGAAAUAUUGGAAAAAUCCGUCAAGCAAUUCGAAACUGCGCAUAAGUGUUUUCUUAAACACUGGGUAAAGGAAGAUUCUGCCAUUCUGAAUUUAAAAAGAUCGAAUAUUUGCGCUGAAAGAGCCAUCAAAGUUAUUCAGGAAAUUUACCCUUUUUGUAAAUCUGAAUAUAGUUUAAAUCUUAAGUUUAUCUCAAAUAAUAUCAAAAUGAAUUAAAUAAUGAACUAAAACGUAUAUUUAUCAUAAAAAUGUAUUUGUCUUGUACUUAAAUUAGUCUUAUUGCUUCUAAAUCAAAAUUUGUCUUCUUCUUCUUCGCAUAUAACAUAUGAAUUUUUUCAAUUUAAAUUCUGCGUGAAGUUUUUGAAAUAAAUCGAAAAACUAAAAACGCAGUUAUCAUUUUUUUACUAUUCCUCAUCGUGUUAUGCCAUGUAAAGUAGGUGUUACAAAAAUAGAC